CGCCUAUGCGUCAUGACGCAGGUGCGCGUGAAGACGUGAGGACGCAGGCGGGUCGUGGAGAGCUAACCCUGGCAAAGACGUGUUAUCAUUCCCAGUUUACAGUGAAAAAAUUGAAGUUCAGAAAGUUUAAGUGAUUUGCUCUCCAUCACAGAGCUGGUAAGUUCAGCUGUCUACCUCUCCUGACACCUAAAAGCUGAUCACGUUUUUUCCUUGACGGGACUGUUUUUCCGAGAGCUAACCAUGCAGCGCAGAUCAAGAGGGAUUCAUAGCGGGCUUCUUCUGCUCCUCUCUCAAGUCAUCCAUGUUGGGAUCAACAACAUUCCACCUGUCACUCUCGCAACUUUGGCUCUCAACAGCUGGCUCUUCUUAAAUCCCCUGAAGCCACUGCACAACUCCUGCCUCAGCGUGGAGAAGUGUUACCAGCACAGAGACUGGCAGCGCUUGCUGCUCUCUCCCCUCCACCAUGCCGACGACUGGCAUUUGUAUUUCAACAUGGUGUCCAUGCUCUGGAAAGGAAUACAUCUGGAAAGAAGGCUGGGAAGUAGAUGGUUUGCCUGUGUCAUCACCACAUUUUCCCUACUAACUGGAGUGGUGUACCUGCUCUUGCAGUUUGCUCUUGCUGAAUUUAUGCGUGAACCUGAGCUCAGAAGGAACUGUGCUGUCGGUUUCUCAGGAGUUUUGUUUGCUUUGAAAGUUCUUAACAACCAUUAUUGCCCUGGAGGCUUUGUCAACGUUUUGGGCUUUCCUGUACCCAACAAAUUUGCUUGUUGGGCUGAACUUGUGGCCAUUCAUUUAUUUUCCCCAGGGACUUCCUUCGCCGGGCAUCUGGCUGGGAUUCUUGUCGGACUAAUGUACACUCAGGGGCCUCUGAAGAAAAUCAUGGAAACAUGUGCAGGCAUUUUUUCCUCUGGCAUUGGCUACUCAGGACAGCAAUACUACUUUAAUAGUUCAGGCCAUUCUGGAUAUCAGAAUCACUAUCCGUUUGGUGGGCCUGGUCACUCUGAAGAAGUGCCCAGGAACUAUGAUGUGUACACAGCAGGACUGAGUGAAGAGGAGCAGCUGGAGAGGGCAUUAAGAGCCAGCCUCUGGGACCGAGGAAAGGAAAUCCUUGAGGAUCAAGGAAAUAGUAGAAGUAGUCCACCACCCUAUGGGUUCCGUCUCUCACCAGAGGAAGAAAUGAGGAGACAGCGGCUUCACAGAUUCGACGGCCAGUGAGCUGGCAAAGCAUCUUGGGAAGAUGCGGUCUGGUCGUGUAAUUACUGCCCGUUUGGUUCACUCCCCAAGCCCCUUAUUCAUUUUAAACAAAAGCAGAAUACACUGUCAUUGCUCCAAAUAGCUCACAUCUGCCUUGGACACCCCGUGUCCCCUGUGAGUCUAGAUUCACAAGCAGAUGACCUGCUGAGUGCAGUACGCAGCUUUCUGGGAGCGGUCCUUCUCCCAACCUCAUUCUCUGCCACUCACAAGUCACUUCCUCAUGUCGGGACCAGUGUCCACACUCCUUUCUCUCACUGCUGACUCUGCUCUGCCUUACUGUCAAAGUUUGUGACCUUCACCAGGAGGCUUCAUGUCACCAAUGGGGAAGCUUAGCCCCACUCUCUGCCCAGAGAGCCUCAUGUUUCACUUGGCAGGAGGUGAGGAGCCAUCCCCUCAUCCUCCUAGGAUAUUGCUAUGGUGCUGUCCAGGUACAGGAUGUGGCCACCUGGCAGGAUUUUGUCCUGUUCUUCCUCACUGGGGCAGCUCAGCUCCUCGGGCCCUGUGUCUAGGUGGCGUUUAGAAUGCACACGCUUUGCUCUUGGAUCGUCCGACUUGGUAGGAUGUUUGAACAGCGUAAGGAAUGUAGAUAGCAGGUUAGCUUCGCAGCCACCUGUCCAGUGGCAGUAUGUGUACCUGGAAGAUCUAACAAAUCAGCAAAGUAGCAACAGGUGCCACACACGCGGAGUGGCGCAAAGGCAUUCAGUGGCUUGCUCACUAUAAAUUUUUCUUACAGGAGGGUAUUUUUCUUUUUCCCCAUAAAAGUGCCUCUUAAUUGUCCACUAUAACAGCCACCUUUUCUGGCCAAGUGUUCAAAACAUGCCCUGGGCCCUGCAGUGUUCUAAUCUGCACAUUGUAUGUCCAAGUAAUUUAAGGAGUUUCCUGGUGCUUGUGUCUCAUGAAUAAAAGGACAAAGUCAAAACAUCACUGAUAUCUUGUUGUCACAAAGGUAUUUAUUUUUAAAGAGAGUUAGAAACAGAAUAGAAUCUUCCUUUUAAAAUGUAUCUACCAUUUGUAAAUAGUUUUCUGAUUAUGAAAGUAAUAGAUAUGGCUUCUGUAGGUAUAAAGCAAACAUCUGGAAGGAAAUAAACCCAGAUGCUAACAGAGGUUACCUUUGGGGGUAGAGUACAUGGGAUUUUUCUUUCUGCUUUUUUACAAUUUUGUACUGCUAUUUUUGAAAAAUAUAUGCAUGUCUGUGCAUUACUUUUGCAAUCAGAAAAACUUGCUUACAAUGAAUCAAGAAAUACGUAGUCUGGAAAGCAGACUUAGGUACUAUGUAGCCAGGUGCAGUGGUGUGUGGCUAGACUUUUCAACUAUUUGGGAAACUAAGGUGAGAGAAUCACUUGAGCCAAGGAGUUGGAGGCUAGCUUGGGCAACAUGGCAGGACCCCAUCUCUUAAAAAAAAAGUACUAUGUGUUUAUUGAGAAAGCUAACGAUAUAAAUAGAAUGUAAAUAAUUACAUACUGAAUUUUAAAAUCACCUAUAUUCCCACCAGUUAGAGGUACCUAGAGUUAACAUUUUGGGGAUAUUGUCUUCUUGAUUUUUCUUUGUACACAUUUGACAAAUUUGAAGCAUCCUGAAUGUGCAGUUUUGUAUCUAGUCCCCACUCUGAAUUUACCGGGGAGAGGCCUCACCACUUACAUAUAAAUGGGCUAAGAAACCACCAGAGUUCUGGGAGAUCUCUGAUCUCAUGGCCGGCACAAUGAUCCUUACGCUCUUUGGUUAAUUUUUAAUUGAUGUAAAACUACAGCUUGUUUAAUUUACUUGUCAAUCCAGUACCUUUAAACAUUUUUAAGUUAAAAUAUUCAAUGUCCUUCCUUUCUUGCACACUUUCUAUAUAAAUGUGACUCCCAUUACCCCAGCUAGAAGUCGCUUCUUUCUGACAUGCCAUCUUUUUGUAGCACGUGAUGCUUCUGUUAUAACAUUUAAUGUCUUUCCCUUAUCAAUUUGUGUGCAACGACAGAAAGAUGUGCCUUCUGCAGGGGAACGUGGCUUGUGAACGCCUCUGUAAUGAGGCCUGUGUCUUACUUACCUUCCUCCUCUCUCCCCAUCUCCCACCUUCACCACACAGAAGUUGGGCCCAGGAUGGGCCUCCCCAUCCUGUCCCUGACUGAGGCCUUUACGAGACACCACAGCCCAGCUUGUUAAGUGUUAGUUUCUCACCAAGAGUUUUUCACUUGUACUGCGCUUCAGUCACUGAAUAUGGGAAUAUUUUAUUUAUAUUUUAUAUUGUUUAGUCCAUUUAAUACAUCCUUGCCGUAUUUGACUUAACAGUAUGACUACACUGGAAUUAGAUUUUGGGCGGUACAACAGUAUAAUAUGUGCAGCUUCUUUGUUUAUGGGGUAGAACAUUACUAAACUUUCAGUGUUGUGGGAAAGGUCAUUUUAGUUAUAAAUAUAAACCAGUUAUUUUAGUACAACAGUAAAGAUGUUCUGGAAAUUAUUAUAAGUUCAUAGGCUUGCCUGUAACAAUUGCUUAUUGUUUUCAGUGUUCGCUUUAUUUUAUUUUUCUCUACAAUAAAGAAUCCCCAAGUUUUGGCCAACAAACUAGAAUUGGGUUGAGAAAGACGAACAAAAGCAAGUGAGCAACUGUAUUAGCCUAAUUAUCUCUAAUGGGAAAUACGCACUUAGAACUGAUUUUUGAAUUUAGUUUCUUUGCUGAGUAGUAGCUUCCCAACAGUUAAGCACCCAGUUCCCACUGUUUGCUGUGAUCAGUCAACUUAGGGGACUUCUUUAUUCACAAUCUUUCCUGGGUUCUGAAGAGAAGAGAGGAAUUAAAUUUGCUUCCUCUUAUGACUUUGAACAUAUACUGCCUAUGAUUCCAAAGUUGUACAUAAUUGCUCAAAGCUCCUCGAUCCUUUAAAAAUUGCCCACUGGUGAAGCUCAAACUAAGCUGUAAAUAACCAGCUUUAGUAGAAUUGGGGCCAGUCUACACAUUUGGUACAUGUACUGCUGCCUGGGGAGUGAGUAAACUGAAUGGACGAGAGUGGAUUGUGAGAUGGGGCAGGGACAGGUGGAUGGCAGACCUGGCCUCCAUGUUUUUCUUGAGAGAUUCAGUUUUCAACAAAGAAUUGUAUUCAGGCCGGACAUGGUGGCUCACCCUAUAAUUCUAACACUCUGUCAGGCCAAGGCGGGUGGAUUGCUCGAGCUGAAGAGUUUGAAACCACCUGAGCAAGAGCGAGACCUCAUUGCUAGUUAAAAUAGAAAAAAUUAGUCUGGCAUUAUGGUGGGCACCUAUAGUUCCAGCUACUUGGGAAGGUAAGGCCAGAGGAUUGCUCAAACGCAAGAGUUUGAGGUUACUGUGAGCUGUGACACCACAGCACUCUACCAGAGUGAGACUCUAUCUCAAAAAAAAAAAAAAAAAGAAAGAAAGAAAAUAAAGGAAAAGAAAAAAAGGAAUUAUAUUGUUUGUUGUAAAAACCAAAGCUAUUGUUUUUUCCUUUCCCUUCCCCUGUAUCAUUGAAGUCAUUUCCUAAUUUUCUUUUCUCUUUUUUCUUUUUCGGGGCUCCCAGUAAUUCAUUUUAAAAUCAGACUCUGAGCUUAAAAGGACCUUAAAAUCUUUCAAUUCAUUGCUUUGCUCAAUACUUAAAAUACCACUUCACACAGUUCCACAUGACUCUGCCAAUUUAGUCUUCCAAAAUCUACUUUCAUGACACUACUAAUCAUCUCAAAUACCUUUUAUUGUCUCUCUGUUGCCAAAGGAUAAAGGUCAAAGUUAUUAGCUCAACAGUGGGCCUCCAACCAGCCUUUGGACCUCAUCCCCGUUUAUCCAUAGCAGAGUCUGCUAAUGGGUCUCAGCACCCCAGCUGUGAGUCUGUCUGAUCCUGUGACACAUCGUGCUGUGCUUUUCCAUGGAGCAAUCUGGUCCUCUCGUUGGGCACACCCAGGGCCUCCCCAUCCUGUCCCUGACUGAGGCCUUUACAAGACACCACAGCCCAGGAUGCUCCCAUCCCCACCAGAUCUAUAGGUUUCCAUGUGCCACUUGGAAGUGCUAGUUGUCCUGCUGUGAGAGAAUGAACGUCUUAUCUGUAGACUGUAAGCUUCACAAGGGCAAGAUCCAGACCUGUGUUUCUGUCUCUCCUUACAGUGCCUUGAAUAGUGUUUUGUCUUGAAAGUUGGAACCAAUAAAUGCUUG